UUCUAAGUCAAGGGCAGUUGUAAAUUUGCAAUUAGCUGGAAUCAUUGAUGAAGUUAAGGCAAGUCUUCUAAAAUUGAAGAAUCUUGAAACAACUUUUGGAUUAAGACGCUACGUGACUCACAUUUGUUUAUGCUAUGCUUCCUAAAAAGAGUAGAGAGUGUUACAAACGAGCUUUGGUUUUAAUUUUAAACAAGAUUGAUUAAAUGAAUGUUGGUGCUAGGCCAAAAACAAGUCAUUUUGAAGUCUGAAGAACAAGCUUUACGAACCGCCGUUCCUACUGCAAAAAUUCAUGAAUGUUUUUUCCUUUUUAAGCAAGCCAUUUGGAGGAAAAUCCAAGAACUUUAAUGGCAAGCAAAAUACCAAGAUGAAGAAGAGGGAUUUCGUAACAAUUAAGAAUGUUUGCUGCUCUACCCUUGUCGACUUAAGUUUUUUAGAUCUAAAGCUAUUUUUAUUUUAUGUUGUAGAGCAAUUCCAACUCUGGUUCCGAUAUGCUUUUUGUCGAUUUUUAAUAGUUAGUAUUGAUGCUUAUCGAUUUUUAAUACUUUUCGAUAUUUUGGGUAAUUCGUCAUUUUGGGUGUCGAUAUUUUGGGUCAUUCGAUAUUUUGGGUAUCGAUAUUUAGGGUGUCGAUAUUUUGGGUGUCGAUAUUCUGGGGUGGAGUCGAAAAAUGAAUUUAUGAUAAUGUUUGAUAUUCUUCUGCCUUGUAAUAUUUUAAUACCAACACAACCCCCAUCUCCCCCAGGCUUCCCUCCAGCCUUCAUUCUUGAUCCAGACUCAACUACAAUUGCAAAGUAUUCUUCUAGGGCAGCACUUUUAACUUUGGCAAUAAUUCCGUCUAUUGGACAAAUUGUUUUGACCGAAUUUAGUGGUUGUCCUCUACCUUUAUCUAUUUGCCAGCAAAUAAUUCCAGUAGCUUUUGAUUGUUGUAUGCAACUUUAUUCGAAUGUUCGUCAAACUUUGGUGGAUAGUUUAGAAGAGGUGGACGAUAAUUUAAUUGUUGAAAAUUUAAUGAUUGAAUAA